AUGCUCAACGAAUUGAACGAAGCAGGGAAGAGAAUAGGACUACGAAUAAACAGAAAGAAAACACAGUUCAUGAAGAACGCCUACAGCGAGGACGGAGGAGUACAACUUGAAGGCUCCCGAAUCGUGGAAACUUCGUCAUACAUACACCACGAACGUUCUAUGAACAUGGAAAACGACUUAAAGGAAGAACUGAAUAGAAGAAUGAGAGCAGCAUGGGCAGCAGUCGCAGCCGUCAGGGAAGCUACGGACCAACUGGCGGACCAAGAUCUUCGUGCCCAUCUGUUCGACGCGACAGUCCUUCCAGCGCUCUGA